CACAACCCCCUUUCCCAGCUCGGUCGCCAAGCUUAACCUUGCCCGCGUGGUCAUGGGCUGUCUAAUUUCAUUUGUAUCUAGGCUGCUGAGAGCGCUCCUUGCUCUGUGAAGUGGACGUCAGGUGGAUCUAUGUUUUUGAAGGAACAAAGACUCAGCGAAGGCAACGUGGAGGAAGUUUGAGACGCGGGAGGAUGCAGGCUGCAUGCUGGUACGUGCUUCUCCUCCUGCAGCCCACCGUCUACUUGGUCACGUGUGCCAAUUUAACAAAUGGUGGAAAGUCAGAACUUCUAAAAUCGGGCAGCAGCAAAUCCACACUAAAGCACAUAUGGACAGAAAGCAGCAAAGACUUGUCUAUCAGCCGCCUCCUGUCACAGACUUUUCGUGGCAAAGAAAACGAUACAGAUUUAGACCUGCGAUAUGACACCCCAGAACCUUAUUCUGAGCAAGACCUCUGGGACUGGCUGAGGAACUCCACGGACCUUCAAGAGCCUCGGCCCAGGGCCAAGCGAAGGCCCAUUGUUAAGACGGGCAAGUUUAAGAAAAUGUUUGGAUGGGGUGACUUUCAUUCCAACAUCAAAACAGUGAAGCUAAACCUGUUGAUAACUGGGAAAAUUGUAGAUCAUGGCAAUGGGACAUUUAGCGUUUACUUCAGGCAUAAUUCCACGGGUCAAGGGAAUGUAUCUGUCAGCUUGGUGCCCCCGACAAAAAUAGUGGAAUUCGACUUGGCACAACAAACCGUGAUUGAUGCCAAAGAUUCCAAGUCCUUUAACUGUCGCAUUGAAUAUGAAAAGGUUGACAAGGCCACCAAGAACACACUCUGCAACUAUGACCCUUCAAAAACCUGUUACCAGGAGCAGACCCAAAGUCAUGUAUCCUGGCUCUGCUCCAAGCCCUUCAAGGUGAUCUGUAUUUACAUUUCCUUUUAUAGUACAGAUUAUAAACUGGUACAGAAAGUGUGCCCCGACUACAACUAUCACAGCGACACACCUUACUUCCCCUCAGGAUGAGGGUGAUCGUUGGGUGGAUCGAGACUGAAGCCUGAGGAGUUAAAGGUCACAUGACAGGGCUGUCACCUCAGAGAAGAAGGUCACAUCUGUUGCCUGGAAUAUGUCUACACUGCUGCUCUUGUCAACUGGCUGCAAAUAUGCUAGUGGAAAACAAUCUGAUGUAAUUUCUGCCCAGUCAGCUUCAUCUCUCAGUAUAGUUGUAAAUCACCAUAGGUUUUCAAGCCACACUGGAAGACACGCUCUCACACAUAGAUGUACACAAACACACACACUGAACACAUUUCAGCUGGCAUCUGUCACGACUCCUGUUCAGAGGGCUUGCAUUGUCUGACUCAUAAUGGUUCAGGAUAAAAUAUCAUCAGGCAAAAGGAUUAACUUGACAGUGGAUGGUUUCUAACACUUGCUGUUGUGGAAAUCCCUUUUAAAGUCUUGAGCACAUGCUAAUCAAUAGUCCCCAUUCAUGCAUACCUAUUGCUUGGAGUAGCUGUACUGGUAAAUACUACUGUAGGAGUAUAUGCUUGUUAAAAUGGAAAAAAAAUAUGUCUUUAGAGCUCAGUAUUCUUUAUUUUAUGAACAACAACAAAGUGUAGUAACUUUUUUUCCAGCAUACUGUAGGCACAUUCAAGGUGAUACAAGAUGGCUCUUUUUUCUAUGGAGGGAGCCUGUUCUCAGUAAAGAUGAGCCAACAUUUGGAAUUUACAUGUGGGCAGAUACUGGAGUACAGCUUUCAUCAUCAACCAUUGGACUUUUUGCAAAGUUGAGACCAGCUAAAGCUGCUUAAAACAAGUUCUGAUCAUUCUAUAAGAAAGGAAAUGCCUGACAGACACCAUGUAAGUUAUAAGUGUCUGUCUUAUCUUUACUACACACAAAUAUUGUAAUAAAUUCAAUAUCCUAGUCUUCAUUUGUAUGAAUGGUUUGUAUUGUACAUAGUUUAACCAAGUGUUAUUUGAGCUGCUUAUUAAUAUUAACUUGUACUUGUCUCUCUGCUUGUUAUUGGUUAAAAAAGAAAAAAAAAGGGUAUGAGGAAUCCAUUUUAUCAAUGUAGCUGUGAAUUCCAUUAAAAAAGGAAAGUUAAUGUACAAAGCAUUUAUUCAGCUCAAGUAUUGUUGACAGCUAUACACAUAUACCAUUACAGUCUGUCUGUAUUUAGAUACUUUAUUUCUGGACAAAAUGAAAUGUACAUAAAAAUAAAAUGCUUAAAGUUGAGUUUCAAUAUGUGCUUGUGUAGGAUGAUGAUUUAAGUGGUUCUGACCAGAAGAAUGUAUUGAAACACAUGGUUUUGCAUCAUAUAUCUCUAAACUUGUACAGAACUAUCUAACCUGCUAUUAGUUUCCCAGUCAAAACAACUUAGGAGUUUCCAUAUCAAGGCUGGAAAACAAUUGUGGCAUAGGGCAUUGCAUACAUUUUUGCUUUACUGUCAUGUUAAUUAUUCAAGAAUACCAAAAAUCAAUGAACACAGGGGAUCAUUGAGAUCUCCUAAAUUAAUUGCAACUGGUUGGGCUUUUUCUUGUACAGAGUCUUUAUUUAGCAGGGGGAUUGAGAGGAAGGUAAUCUUUUUUCUUUAAAAAAAAAAAAAAAAAGAAAAGGUGUCUG